AUGAAGGGAAGUUUAACGGAUCUUAUAGCUGAAGAGUCACGACUGAAAUCGGAACUAUCAUCUUUGAGUAAGAGGAUAGAGGCUCUAGUGCGUCAACGAGAUCUGUUGCAAGCGGAAUAUGAGCAAGUGGUACACCAACUCUCUUUGGCCAGGUUGAACUCUAUCAGAACGUCUGGCUUGGUUGCCGAAUACUCUGACCAGAGCGUAUUUCCUUGGACUUCUGAACUUGAACGUAUUCGGCUUGAAAUUUUCCGCAUUUCUGAAUUCCGUCCCCUUCAACUAUCCGCUAUAAACGCCUUCCUAGACAACCGCGAUGUGAUCCUUGUCAUGCCAACCGGCGCUGGUAAAAGCUUAGUCUACCAACUGCCGUCCUUCUUGGAGAGCCCUGAGUACGUUGGCAAGUUUACGCUGGUAAUCAGUCCGCUCGUUUCACUGAUGACUGACCAGGCGAUUGGUUUGCGACGACUAGGCAUUCCUGAGGAUUCCACGGCCAUUCUCGAUGCUUCAUUAUCGCAAGUAGAGCAGCAGAAAGUAUUGCAUGCCAUCGGCGGCGAGAACAGGAGCAAGUUGUUGGUGGGAAGCGGUCUGCGAAUUCUCUUUGUAACCCCGGAAAAGUUGAGCAAGUCUAAACGCCUUAUGUACCAAUUGGAGAGGGCGUACAUGCGGGGUAGUUUGGCACGGAUUGCGAUUGACGAGGUCCACUGUGUAAGUCAGUGGGGCCAUGACUUUCGUCCCGACUACAAAUUUCUCCACGUUCUCCGGUCCCAGUUUCCGCGUGCACCUAUCCUUGGUUUAACUGCUACUGCUUCUGCUGAGGUCAUCCUCGAUAUCCAAAAGAUGCUUGGUCUUCAGCAGCGCGACUGUGUUAAAGACACAGAAAGCCUCUCGACUUUUCUCAAUGGAGAAGGCAUCACCGCCGCAUUUUACCACGCUAACGUUGAGCCCUCUCAACGCGAGAACGACCACAUGACUUGGCUAGAUGGAGGAAUCCAGGUGAUGGUGGCUACGGUGGCCUUUGGCAUGGGCAUUAACAAACCAAACGUACGUUUCGUGUUACACUUGUCUCCAAGUAAGAGUGUGGAGAACUACUAUCAGGAGUCAGGCCGCGCAGGCCGCGACGGUGCACCGAGCCGAGUGGUGCUGUUGUGGCGCCUAACAGAUCUCUUUCGUUUGGCCACCAUGGUCUACGCAGAGCAGACAGGUCUGCGCAAACUUCUUCAAAUGAUCGCCUACGUUGUGGAGACGCAGCGCUGUCGACGCCGCCUUAUCAACGAGGCCCUUGAAGGUACUGAUUGGUGCUCUGACCACUGCGAACUCUCGCCCUGUGACAUUUGUUCGAACUCCUCUCUCUCCGCUACUUCUGUUGCCCCUGAAAUUGAUGCGACUGGAGUUAUCAGUCGGAUGCAGGAGAUUCUCGAGGAUGUCCAGUCUAAGUCGCAGCGUCUGACGGGGGCCAAGUUGGUGGACCUCUUGGUGAAGGAUGCAGAUGUGGCCAAUGCACUGGCUGAGGCAUUGGUUGCGUGCCUGAGUCGUAGGCAACUGAUGAGUGUCAGCGAAUAUUUGGUGGCCUGGUGUCUUUGCCACGAGGUAAUCACACUUGAUUUCCACUUCACGCCCUACUCUACCAUCGCGUACGUCGUCCCCUCAGGUGCCUCCCUUCCUCAGUCUGCGAAGAUCCACCUUCCUAUUGACAUUUUGGCCCACAAAGUGGUGCCAAGAUCGUGUCGAAAACGCUCUGCCCCUGCUGGUGUUGAGCUUGACUUCGAUUAA